UAGGCAAGUGCUAACAAAACGGAUCGGCGAUUUAAACUCAUCCUAACUAAUUCCUCUCUGCCAGACGCCAAAAGCCUGCUGCGAUUUUUGUUGUUGUGAUUUAUGUGAUUCGCUCUGCGGUGGGAUCUCAGAUCUCGGUUUUUGCUGCCGCGUCGGGAGGCCUUAAAGAGGUGCCGGGAAACUUGUUCCGGUAGACACUCCGGUUUCCUUGCGGCUGGAUCUCGGCGAUGUUGGAGCUCUCCCCGAGCAGGGUAUGGACCUUCGAUUCUCAUUUGUAGGUAUCAGUUGCAGUUAAACACAUAUGAAGGCCGAGUUUUGAGAAAAAGGUUCCUCUUAUGACUUGUGAGAAAAUGAAAGAAUGUUCUGAGGGAUCUUUUACUUACGAUGAAAGAAAAGAAACAAGGCCUGAUGUGGAGAACUACGAGGAUGAGCGCAGAAGAACAAGAAUUGCGUCUCUUAGGAAGAAAGCAUUGCAUGCUUCCACUAAAUUCUCUCAUUCUCUGAAGAAGCGAGGUAAGAGGAAAGUUGAUUUCAGGGUUCCUUCAUUUUCAAUCGAGGAUGUGAGAGAUGCUGAGGAGGAGCAAGCAGUUCAUGCAUUCCGGCAAGAACUCAUUGCCAAGGAACUAUUGCCUGAUAAACAUGAUGAUUAUCAUACGAUACUCAGAUUCCUCAAAGCUAGGAGGUUCGACUUUGAGAAAACAAUCCAAAUGUGGGCUGAGAUGCUUCAAUGGAGAGAAGAAUUUGGAACAGACUCGAUUCUGGAGGACUUUGAGUUUGAAGAGCUGGAGGAGGUUUUGCAGUAUUAUCCUCAGGGUUACCAUGGAGUUGAUAAGGAGGGAAGGCCUGUGUACAUUGAGAGACUUGGGAAAGUUGAGCCCAAUAAGCUUAUGCACAUAACUACAAUAGAUCGCUACUUAAAAUAUCAUGUGCAAGAGUUUGAGAGAGCCCUGCAUGAGAAAUUUCCUGCAUGCUCUAUUGCUGCCAAAAGGCAUAUUGGUUCAGCGACAACAAUACUAGAUGUACAUGGUGUGGGCUUGAAGAAUUUCAGCAAGACAGCUAGGGAUCUCUUGCUUAACAUGCAUAAGAUAGAUGGCGACUACUAUCCCGAGACGCUACACCAAAUGUUCAUAGUUAAUGCUGGCCAUGGUUUUAAGCUUCUCUGGAAUACUGUAAAAGGAUUUCUUGAUCCCAAAACAACUUCAAAGAUACAUGUACUAGGCACAAGGUACCAGUGUAAACUUCUUGAAGCAAUCGACUCCAGCCAAUUGCCAGAAUUCCUAGGUGGUUCAUGUACUUGCUACAGUGAAGGAGGGUGCCUCAGAUCUAAUAAAGGACCAUGGAAUGACCCAGUUAUAAUGAAGAUUGUAAAUAGUGUUGGAGCAGCAUGUAUUAGGGAAAUCAGACAUGUAUCUGAUGGAGAACAGGCCAAUGCCUCUUAUCGUAUGCGACAUCAGUUAAAGAGAAGAAACAGCGAUACGUCAACUGCCGAAUCAGGAUCUGAUGCUGACGAUCUAGGUUCUCCUGUCAUAUUUAGCACUGCUGAAUAUACUCAUUUAGCCCCAGUUAAUGAAGAAGUUAGAGCUGCAGAUUCAACAGGUUACUACUUCAGCCGUGAUGAACAUUUGGUAUCAGUUUUUAAGCCUGUAGAAUCUGGUGGAAAAGGAGCAGGAUCUGCUUUGAAGUCAUCCACUGAAAUAAAAGAUGAUGGCUGUGCUUUUGCCACUGGAACAUCAAAUUCCCUAGGUGGCUUGUCAACUGAUAGACACAAUACUAUCAAGGAUGAUGCCGAAGAAGGAAAACUACAAUAUAUUUCUAGAGCAUUGAUGAAGCUGUUGGUAAAAGUGUUAUCCUUCCUUCGAAUUUUUCGAAGGAGACCAGAAAGGAGAUUGGAGAAUGUUCAUCCAUCAGAUGUGUCGAGCCUGAUACCUGAUAACCAUACAGUGAGUGAAGCUGUCAAGGAAGAUAAAGUCACUCCUUACAUAGAACGCCUCGAGAAGCUUGAGUUGAUAUUGAAUGAACUUAGCCGCAAACCUGCAGAGAUUCCACAAGAGAAAGAACAUGCAAUCCUGGAUUCAAUGAACAGGAUAAAAAAUGUUGAGUUUGAUCUUCACAAGACAAAUAAAGUGCUGCAAUCAACUGUGAUGAAGCAAUUGGAGAUCGAAGCAACUUUAGAAUCUCUAAAUGACACCAGUGUUAGGACAUUGACCUUGCAUCAAACAAUUCUUCAGACUUUUAAAUUUGUCAAAUAGUCAGUCUGCCUUACCUUAGUAGGAUAGAAGAAAAUUUUGUUGAUACCUUGUGACACAGUAACUUUACACUUCUGAUGUUCUGAUUGAAACCAAAAGGACAUAAUUCCUUCCAUACAUCUUUUUUGUUUUUUUCUCGAGAAGAAAGAGAAAAAGAAGGGGAAGGAAUGAUGAUCGAACUGCACAGAACUCAUAUGAGCCGAUUGUUUGGCAUGCCAAGCCAGACACUAGAGGGUCCAGUAAAAGAAGCAAAAAGAGCAAGCAAAGAGCAAAAUUCAUACAUAAUACAUGUGUCAUUUCCCCUUACUGUUUUAUUUUCUUCGUUUUUCUUCUUUAUCUUGAGCUUGUCCACCAGUUCUGUUUGUUGGAUGCAGUAACGGAAAUUAUACGUAACGCUGCAGUUUGAUGCUUGAUCCUGGCUCAGUUACCGCCCGGUGGAGUUCCAUUGUCUUCACCCAACCAUUUCAUCAUCAGCAUCGUCAAACUAUAUGAUGACAAGUCUUACCAACUGGCGCAUUACACGAAGAAAGCACGAGUUUGGAUUAUGUUAUACUGAUGAGGGAUCGACGCCUAAAGGUUUUCUCUGAUUACUAUCUAUUAGGCCUAAAUUUACGACAGUAUUCACUAUUCAUUUGAAUUGUGUCCUUGGCGGCACAACUAGACUUAUCUGGUGUAAAAGCAUUGCACAAAAUGUCAAGCUCUGCUCUCUCACAGCAGCACAUAAAAAGUUUCUGCUCAUGUCUAAGAUAUGUGGAUCAUUGAAAGCUAAAUUACUACAUGUAGCAGUGAAGGCAACAGCUACUUUUUCUCGAGGUUCAAAGCAACGUUGAAUUGGAGUAAUAGCGAUCCUUUUUGUGUUUUGUCGUUCUUAAUUAAAUCUCGGGUUUUGGGACUUUGAUA